UUUUCCAUAUUUAUAUUUUAUUUUUUAAAAAAAUGAAAAUUCCUUAUUAUCACCUUACUCAACUUGGUUCUCCCCUCGCCUUCUCUGCCUUCCCCCAACGAAUAUACUUUGCCUCUCUUCUUCCUCUUCCUGCUCCUUUAAUCUCUCUCUCUUUAAUACCAAACUUUGGACUCCCUGCCUUUUUUUUCUCAGUCUAUAUAUAAUUUCUUCCCAAUUCAAGGUUUCGUCUCAUCUCCCAUUUCUUUGUUUCAGUUGGGUAAUUCAUUUCAAUUUCAUCCUGUAUAAAGGCCAAUCCAAGAGGUCAGAAAUGGCAGGCAUUAGCAGCGGUGUUUACGAGGAAACAGAUAAGAACGACAUUGGUUCUUCACAGGAGGAGGUUUCAACAUUGACUAAGAAAUACGGUGGAAUCGUGCCCAAGAAGAAGCCCUUGAUCUCCAAGGACCAUGAACGUGCUUUUUUUGAUUCGGCAGAUUGGGCCUUAGACAAGCAAGGCGCCACCCAAGGGCAACAAUCGAGAUCGGAUGUAGUGUCCUUACGCCCUAAACUGCAGCGAACCCCCCACCAACGGCUUCCUCUUCGGAGACCAGCAUAUACUUCAGGAGACAUGAAGGACUAGACUCGUCAUGAACCCUAGGCAAGUGGAUGCUUAUUUCGGCAUAGACAAAUGCAGGUAUUAUGGCUUCCAUUGAUCCAUGUGACAUUCACAAGGAAGAAAACAAUGAUCCAAAUGUACAUGGGACUUAAAACGUCCAAAUGUUUAAGUAUUAAUGUCACCUUGGGGUACACAUUUAGAAUUAAGAGUUAUAUUAGAUCUUAACUUUGUACAAGUGCCUCCCAAUUUUAAAUGAGGGGCAAUACUUUUCCUUUAGUGUCUUACUCAUGACUUUAGGGUAUUUCUCAUGAAUUGGAGCUUUUGCCUCACCUUUUUAUUUUCUUUAA